GAGACAAGGGGCCGAAGGCGCGCAGGGCCCGAGGCCGAGAGGGCUCUGAAGGCCAUCAGGCUCCUCCGCUCCCGCCCCGCUGAUGCCCGAGGGAGCCGAGCCAUGAAGGGGCAGCAAAAAGCAGCAGAGACUGAGGAGGGGACGGUGCAGAUCCAGGAAGGCUCGGUGGCCACCGGCGAGGACCCCACGAGCGUGGCCAUCGCCAGCAUCCAAUCAGCUGCCACCUUCCCUGACCCCGGUGUCAAGUAUGUGUUCAGGACUGAGGGUGGCGGCACGCAGGUGAUGUACCGGGUGAUCCAGGUGGCUGACGGGCAGCUGGACGCGCAGACCGAGGGCACCAGCGCCAUCAGCGGUUACCCAGCCACGCAGUCCAUGACACAGGCGGUGAUCCAGGGCGCGUUCACCAGCGAGGACGCGGUGGAGACGGAGGCGGCUCCCACCGAGACUCACUACACCUACUUCCCUGCCGCGGGCGUGGCCGACGGCGCCGCCGCCACCGCGGCCACCGCGGCCACCGCCGUGGUCACCACCCAGAGCUCCGAGGCGCUGCUGGGCCAGCCCACGCCCACAGGGCAGUUUUUCGUGAUGAUGUCACCACAGGAAGUGCUCCCAGGGGGGGCCCAGCGCUCCAUCGCCCCCCGCGCCCACCCCUACUCCCCGAAGUCGGAGGCUCCCCGAGCCACGCGGGACGAAAAGCGCCGGGCACAGCACAACGAAGUGGAGCGCCGGCGCCGGGACAAGAUCAACAACUGGAUCGUGCAGCUGUCCAAGAUCAUCCCUGACUGCUCCAUGGAAAACACCAAAUCCGGACAGAGCAAGGGCGGGAUCCUGUCCAAGGCCUGCGAUUACAUCCAGGAGCUGCGGCAGAGCAACCUGCGGCUGAGCGAGGAGCUGCAGGGCCUGGACCAGCUGCAGAUGGACAACGAGGUCCUGCGCCAGCAGGUGGAGGAGCUGAAGAACAAGAACCUGCUGCUGCGGGCGCAGCUUCGCCAGCACGGGCUGGAGAUCGUCAUCAAAAACGACACCCACUGACCCCCCAAAAGCCCCCCCGGGACCCCAAAAACACCCAAACCCCACCCCCCCGCCGCACCCCAAAAAAACCCCAAAUCCACCUUCCUCACCCCCAAACCCCCCACGCAAUCCCAAAACUCCACCCCCCCCCUCCCCAAUCCCAUGCUCGGUUCUUCCCCUCCCCCCCUCCCCCCCAAAUCAUGACCGUGUGACCCCUCCCCCACCCCAUCACCCCUCCCCACGUGGUCUCGGGGGUGCUCCGAGACCCCCCACCCCCCACACUCCCAAAAUUCCCCAAAUCCCCCCCAAAUCCCUUCAAACGUUGCCCCCCCAAAAUUCGCCUCCCACCCCCCACGCUCUCAGCCCGCUGGACGUCGGCCCCGCCCCUCCCCCACCCCCCUACCCUAAAAUUUUGGGACACCCCUCCCCCCCCAUCCCAUCACCAAUGUUACCCCUCCCCCCAAAAAAGGGGAUUUGGGGUCUCCCCUCCCCCCGCGUCCCCCUUGGGGGGGGGUUUUGGGGUUUGGGGGAGGGGAUUUUGGGAGGGGUUUGGGUUGUUGGGACCCCUCCUCACACCCCUCCCCCACCCCCAUUUUGCCCCUUCCCCCCCCCCCCCCCCCCUCCCCUUUUACC